UGUGUGCGCGUAAACUCGCGUUUGCGGGAGUAGGGUUAGAAUGUCAUUGUAUUUUGCGUAAGGAGUGACUCCCAACUUCAUCAAAGCUGACAUAAUGGUCAAUCUUGGCCUGACUAAAGUGGACGAUGCUCUGGCGGCAAAACAUCCGGGUUUAGAGAGAUAUGCUGCUUGUCAGUCCCAUGCCUUUAUGAAAGGGACUGGAAGCUUUACAUUAGGUAUUGUUGGCUUAUUUGUCACGCAAAGGGCUGUGCAGAAGAUAUUUCCUUAUGCACUCCAGUGGAACCUGCUCAUUUCAAUUGUGGGUGCGUCAAUUGGGAGCUAUGCAAUGACACGUUGGGAGACACAGAAGUGCACAGACUUGUGGCUACUAUUAGAAACAGGCAAAGUCCCAGACCGAUCCCCACCACAGAUGCCCAAGCCAGAGGACCCAACUGGACCUAAGAAGAAUAAAUAUGGCGACGUGAUGGACUGACCAUGUUUCAAAACACCAAAUACAUAAUUGCAAGCUACGGCUACAUUCUAGUCUUUGAAUAUAGUCAUUUAUUGAUAUUAUCCCAUUAUCUUAAAAUGUGUGUCUUAUUUGAAUGAAUAGAUUUAUAUUAAUUAUAUCUCUAUGAAAGUCACAUCAUCAUGUUAAUGAUAAAUUAUGUGAUGAAGUGAGAGAGAGAGAGCUUAGGUUAGAUGGCACAAAUUACAUCCUAUUUUUAAAAGCUUGUUGUUUAAGUAUUUAGGAAUUUCUUGUGUAUUUUAAUUUAUUUGAAUAAAUGUUCAGAACAGGAGAAAAACUAUUUGGGUUUCUGAAUUUCAGAAUUGCAUCCUGCUUUUUGAUUUCAUAACAGCAUGUAAGUUUGAACGCACAGACAAGUAUUAUGUCUCUGCAGAGAUCAGUUUUGUUUUUUUAAGGGGAAUGAAGUGCUAAGCCUGGGAUCUAGUAUUAUGUUGAUGUGUUUGUUGGCAUGGCUUGCUGUAGAAUUCAUUUGGAGUUGUACUGGUUUGCCACUAGUGGUCAGUCUACAUCACGAGAUGUGUACAGCUUUUGGAUUCACUGUGCUUUCACUGUGCCACAGUGUUGAGAGCAGCGAAGCAAAAAAGGAGCGACUUUGUGUGACUUGGUCUUUUAGAAGAGCUGAGUUGACUUUCAGUUGAUAUUUACAAAUAUAUAAUUGUGUUGUACCUUUCACACACUCCCCACAGUGUAAUAUUCUGUGCCAUUAAUGAUUAUUCUCUUUCUGUUUGUAUGACUUUUUUAUUUCAUUGGAUAAAAUGCUGAAGUCUGAUAUUUUAUACCAGUACAAUCUGACUUCUGGCCCCCUAACCGCUGACUGUUUACUGAACUAAUCUCACUCAGUUCUACGAUGCUCCAAUGCUCCUGCAUUAGCGGCCAUACAUCAUGUCUGUAUUUAAAUCACUUGUGAAUCUGUAAAGUUUCUUAAAAGAUGCAUAAGAUCUUAAAAUUGAUAGGAUGGGAAAUGUUGAAGGAAACGCUGAUUGAUUGGCAUAGUGUUGCUCUUAAAGAUGUUGUGAUUAAAAUAAGAAAAAAUGUCAGGGGAGACUUGAGUGGGGUGAGAAAGAUAAAAAUUAUGUUAGAACCACUUCUUACUCUAAAAGCCUCAGCCAAUGUGUGUGUAUAUGUGUGCCGGGGGGGGGGGUAGAGUUGGGGGCUUGUUAAAACCUACAUACAGCUAUUUUUCAAAUAAUGGAACUGAGCGUUGUUAUUUUACAACUGUUUGUGUUGUGGGUUAAUCUAGGGGUGUUGCAAUAGCUUGACUUUCAUGGUAGUUGUAAUCUAAUUGUACUGUUGUAAAUAUACACUGAUCAGCCAAAACAUUAAAACCACUGAUAGGUGAAGUGAAUAAGUUAUUAUCUCGUUACAGUGGCACCUGUCAAGGGGUGAGAUAUAUUGGGCAGCAAGGGAACAGUCAGUUCAUGAAGUUGAUGUGUUGGAAGCAGGAAAAAAUGGGCAAGCGUAAGGAUCUGAGCGAUUUUGACAAGGGCCAAAUUGUGAUGGCUAAACGACUGGGUCAGAGCAUCUCCAAAACAGCAGGUCUUGUGGGGUGUUCCCAGUAUGCAGUGUUCAGUACCUACCAAAAGUAGUCCAAGGAAGGACAACUGGUGAUCCGGCGACAGGGUCAUGGAACCCAUGGCUCAUUGAUGUGCGUGGGGAGUGAAGGCUAGCCUGUCUGGUCCGAUCCCACAGAAGAGCUGCUGUCGCUCAAAUUGCUGAAAGAAAAAGUUAAUGCUGGCUAUGAUAGACAGGUGUCAGAACACAUAGUGCAGCUCAGCUUGCUGUGUAUGGGGCUGCGUAGCUGCAGACCGGUCAGUACCCGUCAUGACCCCUGUUCACCGCCGAAAGCUCCUACAGUGGGCAUCAGAACUGGACCAUGGAGCAGUGGAAGAAGGUUGGCUGGUCUGAUAAAUCAUGUUUUCUUUUACAUCUUGUGUGUGUGUGUGCGUCAUUUACCUCGUGAAGAAAUGGCACCAGGAUGCACUAUGGGAAGAAGGCAAGGCCGGCAGAGGCAGUGUGAUGCUCCGGGCAAUGUCCUGCUGGGAAACCUUGGGUCCUGGCAUUUAUGUGGAUGUUACGUUGGCACAUAUCACCUACCUAAACAUCAUUGCAGACCAGGUACACCCCUUCAUGGCAACUGCAUUCCCUGAUGACUGUGGCCUCAGGUGGUUUUAAUGUUUUGGCUGAUCGGUGUAUAUCAUUGGUAAUACUGAAGACAAGAAAUUAAGGUAUUGGUCUUGUAGUUGGCCAGAAAAAUAAAACCUUAAGCUGGGCUG